UGUAGCGGAAGGAAGGAACGCUGCAGCUGGGACUCAGAGCGGACUGGCGUUGCUUUUUGGACCACUGUGAGGACGCCGUUUCAGUAUGUGGCUGGUAAACUUUACGUGCCUGACUGUUGUAUGGACAUGGUGCCAUUGCCUGCACGCUGGAAUGCUCUUUCCGCGGGAGUCUCCCACACGAGAGAUAAAGGAACUUAAUGGGCUCUGGACCUUCAGGGCAGACUUUUCUCAGAACAGGAACGCGGGUUUCGAGAAAGCCUGGUUCAAAAGACCGUUAUCAGAGACAGGUCCUGUGAUUGACAUGCCUGUACCCUCCAGCUUCAACGACGUCCCUCAGGAUGCUCAGAUGCGGGAUUUCAUUGGCUGGGUGUGGUAUGAAAGGGAAGUGUGGGUGCCCAUGCGCUGGCUCCAGGACCAGAGCACUAGAAUUGUGCUCAGGGUUGGAAGUGCUCACUAUUAUUCAGUGGUUUGGGUGAAUGGAGUGUUGGUGACCGAGCAUGAGGGCGGCCAUCUUCCUUUUGAGGCGGAGGUUGGCGCAGUGAUCCGGAAAGAUGCGGGCAUUCCAUGUCGAAUUACCAUCGCUGUCAACAACACUCUGAGUCUGAACACUCUUCCACCAGGAACAAUCCAGUACAUGACUGACCACAGCAAGUACCCACCAGGCUACUUCGUUCAAAACAUCAACUUUGAUUUCUUCAACUAUGCAGGCAUUCACCGAUCGGUCUUACUCUACACGACUCCAGAGGCGUACAUCGAUGACAUCACAGUGCAAACUACCUUUUUGGACAGUACAGGGAUUGUGAAUUACAGCGUGGCUGUGGUGGGCAGCGACCGGCCCACUGUGAAGGUGGCGCUCGUGGGUAAAGACGGGCGAUGUGUGGCCACUGCUAACGGAACCACGGGCAUUCUCAAAGUGGCAGAGGUCAACCUGUGGUGGCCUUACCUGAUGCAUGACAACCCAGGCUACCUGUACUCAAUGGAGGUUCAGCUCACAGCUGAAAGCGGAGACAAGGACAGUUAUGCACUGCCAGUGGGCGUUCGCACCGUGAACGUCACCGAGUCCAAGUUCCUCAUCAACAGCAAGCCCUUCUACUUCCACGGAGUCAACAAGCACGAGGACUCGGACAUUCGAGGGAAAGGUUUUGAUUGGCCUCUCAUCGUGAAAGAUUUCAACCUGCUGAAGUGGAUGGGUGCCAACUCUUUCCGCACCAGCCACUACCCGUAUGCUGAGGAGAUCCUGGACGUGGCCGACCGCCUUGGCAUCGUGGUCAUAGACGAGUGCCCAGGAGUGGGCAUCAAAGACAUACGCAGCUUUGACCCAAUCUCCCUGGACCAUCACCUCGUUGUCAUGGAGGAGUUGGUGAGGCGGGAUAAAAACCACCCCUCUGUGGUCAUGUGGUCUGUGGCCAAUGAGCCGGCUGCUGAGAUGCCUCCAGCAGGCCCCUAUUUCAAGCAGCUUAUAUCUCAUACAAAGUCUCUGGAUUCAAGACCUGUGACAUUCAUUACAGACAGUAACUAUUCCAGAGACCAAGGGGCUCCCUACGUAGACGUCAUCUGUGUGAACAGCUACUUCUCCUGGUACCAUGACCCUGGCCACCUGGAGGUCAUCUCCAUCCAGCUUCACAGUCAGUUUGAUGAUUGGUACAGAAAGUACCAGAAACCCAUUAUACAAAGCGAGUAUGGGGCAGACGCCGUGCCUGGACUGCACAGUGAUCCCCCGACUAUGUUCACUGAGGAGUACCAGAAGACCGUCCUACAGAACUACCACAAAGUGUUCGACCAGAAGAGGAAGGAGUUUGUCGUGGGAGAGCUCAUCUGGAACUUUGCUGACUUCAUGACGGCUCAGGGCAUUACUCGGGUGGUGGGUAACAAGAAGGGAAUGUUCACUCGUCAGCGCCAACCCAAAACAGGGGCCUUCCUCCUGAGAGAGCGCUACUGGAGGAUAGCCAAUGAGACAGGUGUUCUGCCCACAUGGGCAAAGUACCCCUGCCAGUGAGUCUCGCUACCUAGCGGGCUAGAAGUGUGAACAGUGCAAACCGAAUCUGUUAAAAAUCCACCUUGUGCCUUCUGUGCGUGAAAUAAAAGAAUGGUUACGUGAACAAUUUACACAUCACGCCAGAUGGACUUGAUCUGCCAAGACUUGUUUGAUGUCCGAAUUUUACUUCUUGAGGUUUAUAAUGUAGCUACAGUGCUAACGUAGCUAUAAGGAAAUACUUAUGCCCGCCAUCGUGCAAAGCGCGUGACGGUCAUCCUUGAACUGCGGCAUGUUACUUAUUGACAAACUGAAAAGAUUUUCUGGUUUGUGGCUGAGAAAACCCAAUGCACUGCGAAAUCAUCAAACAUAGCCAUCCGUCUGACAACACAUCCACUACGUCUACUGCAUUGAAAAUUCAUGCAUGCCUUACUUGUCUGUAUGAAAACCCACAUUUAAAAUCAGUACAUUUAUACUGUUUACAUCAUUCCAGCUCCUCCACACACCCACUUUGUUCACUUCCCAAAUGGCAAAUGUCACUGAGACUGCAUUUCACAUGUAAACAUUCUGCACUCUUCUUAUGUGUAUAUAAUCGCCUGGUUUCUUGAUGCUGCACAAAUCAAAGUACAAAUGUCCAAGUUAAUUUCAUCUUUUGUUUUGUGAUGAAAAAAUCUUUUAUUUAAAUUUAAAUUUAAUUCAUUUGAGAACUUGAAAUACAUCAAAUGAGUGCAUGAAUAAAGUGAAGCAGGUGUGGGUUUUGUGAUUUUUGUAACCUCGAUUUAGUAUUUCUUGACCAUAUUUAACUUGUAUGCACAAUUUAGUACAUUGUGCACCCUAAUAAAUAUAUAUUCCUUUCAUGGCCUCUUGAGGGCUCCAUAGUGGAGGGUGUAUGCUACUUUUAUUGGAUAUGUUUAGUCUCAAGGCUCCAGUGCAAAACUACAGAAACAAAAUUGAGAUGACAGACAGUUGUCUUAGCAGAUCAACUCUUUUUGGUUUAAAAAUCACUCUAAAUGUGAUUUUUCAUCAAACUAUUCUUUAAUAAGGACCAAUUUUUAAAUGACACUUUUGGCUGCUGUUAAUUCUGUUUUUAAUUUUGUUUUGAAUUCAGGGACAAUCUUUUUCUGAGCGCAACAGCUCAAAUGCCUGAUCAGAAUGCUGGAGGGCUGUGCGUGCUACAGGGAAGGUUACAACACUACUAACACAUUUAGGGCUGCUUUUAAAUAGCACAUCUUGCACGUUCUCAGUAUGUGCCCCUUAUUGAAAACAGGCUUUUUUUUUUUUUUUUUUUUACAAAGGUAGACACCUUUCUGCCCCAUUGUAAUACAGCUAAAGGAAAAUCCAGAGGAAACCUCCAUUCCCAGUACUCAUUUCUCAGUUCUGUCCGUCAGCCUUUGUAGAGCCAAGCUCAGGUUCACUCAUUAUCAUGGCACAAGGGCCGUGCGUCGUGAACUCCUUUCGUGGAGGUUUGCUUCUCUUUCUGAUUUGACUAGCUUUGUAGUUUGUGGUACAAUCAUUGAGGUUGACAUCUAGGAUGGGAGGGGAACUGUACCGGGGCCAGCAUCAAAACCAGGACACGUAUGAGACCUAUCAGGGGCGCGCUUUGUUUUGAGAGCAUGAGGGAGCUUGUCUGUGAUGUCCUUGCAUCCUUUUGUGUUUGAGACAUUCUAAACAUCUCUGGCAUUCCAUCUCCUAUCACCGAGUUUUCAGAGCCUGAAGGAAAAAAAAAAAAGUUCUUGGAGCUGUUAGUUUUAAACACAGAAUAACAGAAGAAACGCAAAGUGUUCGUUGCAUGUUAGUUUUAAAGCCGAGAAUUCUGUAUAGAGCCGUACACAUUUUGGGGAAUAGAUGAUGUUGAUUUCACCUGUGUACUGAAACAGAUCUUUUCUCACCGUUUCACAUUUACUCUGGUAAUUCAGGCUUAAAAAUAUAUAGAAAGACCUACUAAUGCUUAUAAGGUUUUCCCCUAAUUUGAUUCUCAACUGUUAUGUUUUCUCACAUUCACUCACUGCAGUUUGUCAUUCUAGUUGAACCAGUUCAGACAGCCUGUAUGGCGAACGCUGUUUUCCUCUGCAAUGUUAAGUGCUGUUUCACUGUGUCAAGGACUUGCGUGGUUCCAUAGUUACAUGGUAAUGGCUGUAAAACUGAUGGUGGUAGGCAGAUCUACUGAAAACUACAUACGGUUACAGGAUUUACACCAUAGUCAAUGAAUUUGGUAUAAAUAGCUUUGGACAUAUACAGGGGUUUUGUGUCUUAUUGUACAAAAUUGUAAUGUACAACAUGUUUUGUACAACUUGAUGCAUCUGUUUUGGACUUUAAAAAUAAAGAUCUAAUUCUUGUUUGUCCUAA